AUGGUCUUUACACCUCCCACAUGGGCUCCCACGCUCCCUCAAGUCCCGGAUAAUAUCCCAAUCAGCGAGUUCAUGCUCAAUGAAUCCUACGGCCGGUAUUCCCUGGAUCAGGCCCGUGACCCCUUUACCUGCGGUUUUACCGGCAAGUCAUACUCCGCAUUGCAGGUCGUGGACCGGGUCGAGCAUUUGACUCGCGGAUUGGCAAAGGAGCUGGGCUUCCAGCCUAACGAGGGUUCGGAAUGGGAUAAGGUGUUGGGUAUUUUCUGUUACAACACGAUCGAUACCCUGCCUCUAUCCUGGGCUGUCCACCAAUUGGGCGGUCUGGUGACCCCUGCCAACGCCGUCUACUCGGGCCCUGAAUUGAAGUACCAAUUGCAGGAUGCAAAGCCCAAGGCCCUGUUUACCUCUACGCCUCUUCUCCCAACAGCUCUCGAGGCUGCGUCGCUGGCCAAUUUCCCAAAGGACAAGAUUUACCUGAUCGAUCUGCCGCCGCAAAUGGGCAACCCCAAGACACCCCCUGGAUACAAGACACUGGCUCAGAUUGAGGAGGCGGGCAAGUCGCUUCCUAAAGUUGAAAAGUUGAACUGGAACGCUGGGGAGGCUGCUCGUCGGACGGCGUUCCUUUGCUACUCUAGUGGCACUUCUGGUUUGCCUAAAGGUGUUAUGAUUUCUCACCGGAAUGUCAUUGCGAACGUUCUUCAACUCACGUUGUACGAGAAGAAAUGGCGGCAAUCUGUUACUCCCGCCGGAAAGCCGCUUUACACCGAUGUUUCGCUUGGUCUUCUGCCCCAGAGCCAUAUUUAUGCGCUGGUAGCGACUUGCCAUACUGGUGUCUACCGUGGUGACCAGAUUGUCGUGCUGCCCAAGUUCGAAAUGAAGUCGUACCUCGAAGCGAUCCAAAACUUCAAGAUCUCCUGUCUCUUUGUGGUUCCUCCGAUCAUUAUCAACAUGCUCCGGAACAAGGACCAGUGCACCAAGUAUGACCUGAGCUCUGUUUCGAGCCUGUACACUGGUGCCGCACCACUGGGCCCGGAAACGGUCGACGAAUACCUCAAGAUUUACCCCGGCGUGACUAUCAAGCAAGCAUACGGUCUCACGGAGACAUCGACUGUCGUCUGCUCAACUCACCCCGAGGACUUCCUCUUAGGCUCGUCGGGCUGCUUAAUGCCCGGCGCGGAAGUCCGCAUCCUGUCUCCCGAAGGCCAGGAAAUCAAAUCCUACGACACACCCGGUGAACUGGUUGUCCGCAGCCCCAGUGUCGUCCUGGGCUACCUCAACAACGACAAGGCCACCAAGGAGACCUUCCGGGAUGGAUGGAUGCACACCGGUGACGAGGCCGUCAUCCGCCAGAACCCCAAGACCAAGUCCGAGCACAUCUUCAUUGUCGACCGUAUCAAGGAAUUGAUCAAGGUCAAGGGCCUGCAAGUCGCCCCCGCCGAACUAGAAGCCCACCUCCUCACCCACCCCGCCGUCGCGGACUGCGCCGUCGUCGCCAUCCCCGACGACGCAGCGGGCGAAGUCCCCAAGGCCAUUGUCGUCAAGUCCGCUGAAGCCGGUCCCGACGAUGCGGCUACUACGCAGGCGAUCAAAAAGCACGUCGAGGAGCACAAGGCUCGGCACAAGUGGCUCAAGGGCGGCGUUCGGUUCAUCGAUGCUGUUCCUAAGAGUCCUAGUGGGAAGAUUCUGCGGAGAUUGCUUCGGGAUCAGGAGAAGGAGGCUCUGAGGAAGAGUGGUCCUAGGCUGUAG